AUUGCCCCACCCCUACAAUAUUUAGUGACAGGUUGGGUGGAUUUUGAAGUAAAGUUGUCAAGAAAUUAUUAACAACCACACUCAACGAAUGGACAUCACGUACCACUGAGCUUUAGAAAACCAUUUUCACACCCAAAUUCUAAAACAUACGUCUGCUUGAUUUUCUUGUCAAAUUUUCAGGUGUCUUUCAAAGAGCAUGGCCAGUACUAGUAGUGAAGCCCCUCCCUCAUCACCUCCUGAAACUCCAACCAUCAACAAUUCUACCAAAACCAAAUCCAUCUUCUCCAUUCGAUCGUAUUUUGUAGCAAACUUAAAGGCCAAAUUUUGUGUCUCCAAACUCAAACCGGUUGACAACAGCCACCACAAUGCAGCAGCUUCCAGCAGUGCAACCACCAAACCAAAUGACCACCACAAUGCAGCAGCUUCCAGCAGUGCAACCACCAAACCAAAUGACCACCAGGGGGAAGAUCUUGCCCCUUCUUCUGAAUUAGCGAUCCCUAAUGAUCUCCUCCUCGUUGACUCAGCCUUGAAGAAUUACACGGACCAUAUGACCGAUCAAAUCAACCUCGCCCGUGACAAGUUCAAGGAGCUACAACAAAACUCACGGAGCAGUGAAAGAGACUUUGAAGAACUCCGAAAGGCCAUCGUGAAGCUCAAGUUGCAGAUCCCUACGCAGGUGAAUAUCCUUUCAACCACCAGCAAAGACGAUCACCACGGUGGAGCAGCUCUUUCCCCCUCUUCUAAACUGAUGCAUAAUGAUCUCCUCCUCGUGGAUUCGGCCUUUGCCGAGACAAAGGAGUACAUGGACCAUAUGAGUGAGAAAAUCAACCAGGCGCAUGAGAAAUUCAAGGAGCUACAAAUGUUACCGAGUAGUCCUGAGAGAGAAUUUGACGUUACACAAAAAAAGAAGAAGAGAGAAUUUGAUGAACUACGAAAGGCCAUCAAAAAGCUAAAAGUCCAGAUCCCUUCGCAUGUGAAAUUCGGUUCUGCUGAUUCCAACCGACAUCGUAACCGGUGGCCUAAUAUAAACGAGGCCGAGGAUGGAAUGACGCACUUCUUCUACAAGGAGCCAUGGGUUCCGUUCACUAGUGGUUAUCAUAUCCAACGCCUAUUGGAAGCUUUUCAUGACCUCUCUGACCCAUUACGUUGGUGUUUGUUAUGCUUCUUCAGAUUCCCACCAGAGGCAACUAUAAAGAGAACAACGAUGAUUUACCUUUGGAUAGGGCAGGGAUUUACUUCCUGGCAUCUACCCCGCAUUGAAGAGGAUGAAGGCAUUAGGAUCUUUGAUGAGCUUAUAGAAAAGGGCUUCAUUGAGCCUGUCUAUCAAAAUUGCUCAUUGGUGCCAGACAGUUGUAGGAUGAGCCUUUCUGUUCGUUCUUCUUUACACAAUGCAGCUGAAGGUAGUGGAUUUACUUCAAAUGACACUCUUGAUCUUGAUUUUGGUUUUGUUUGUUGUAAUCCAUGCGAUUAUGGGAAGUCAUGCCUAAUCAAUGUUGGUGAGGCCAUUAUUAAUUGCGGGCCUGAAAUAUUUGAGAAUAUGAAGUUUAUUCGAAGUCUUUAUCUCGGAAGGUGGCAGAACUCAGCUAUGCACCACAUUGAACUAGCAAAUCCCAAAAUUCUUCAUGGAGUGAAGAAUCUGUUUUUGUUAGAAUUUCUUAGCCUUCGAGGAAUUUCUAUGAUUACAGAACUUCCAACAGCCAUUUUAGAGCUCAAGCUUUUGAAGAUCUUAGAUUUACGAGCUUGUCAUAAUCUUGAGGUGAUUCCCGACAACAUCAGUUUGCUCAAGAGACUGACACACUUGGACAUGUCUGAGUGUUACUUUUUAGAACACAUGCCCAAGAGUCUUGCUCUACUAUCAAGACUCGAAGUCCUUAAGGGAUUCUUGAUUGGAGAUUUCAACAACAACAAACAAUCAUGUACUCUUCACGAUUUGUCAAGACUACGGGAGUUGAGAAAACUUAACAUUUACGUAAGAGUGAAAGACUUUCACAGACUUUGGGACUUUGAUGAUUUAAAAAAAUUUCAAGGCCUGCAAAAGUUGACCAUAUCAUGGGGAGGAUGCUCUUUACAAGGUGAAAGCAGCAGACAAAUUCAAGAAGAAGCAAGCAUGGAACUUCUCAAACAGGGCCCUCUAACACUCCCUCCCGGAUUGCAGAAACUAGACCUUCAGUGUUUCCCUACAGAGCGUCUAACCGAUUGGUUAAGGCCUGCUGAAAUAAAGGAACUAAAUAAACUCUACAUUAGAGGCGGGCAACUAAGUGACCUAGGACAAUCACAGAAACACCAAGGGGAGCACUGGAAAGUGAAGAUAUUGCGUUUGAAGUACUUGAGCAAACUAGCAAUAGAUUGGAGGGACUUGAGGAGAUCAUUUCCUGAAUUAGUUUACUUGCACCAAGUAGAAUGCCCCAAGUUUACUAACUUCCCGUGUGAUGAGAGUGGUGUAUGGAUGGAGAAGAAUGCCAUAUAUAUUCAGGAGCAGCUACAGAAAUACCAGAAUUACUCCAUCAAACGAUUUUCCAUUGACCGAUCGCAUCUGUUUCGGUUACAAUUUCUUAGCCUUCGAGGAAUUUCUACGAUUACAGAGCUUCCAACAGUCAUUUCAGAGCUCAAUCUUUUGACGAUUUUAGAUCUACGAGCUUGUCAUAACCUUAAGGUGAUUCCCAACAACAUUGGUUUGCUCAAUCGAUUGACAUGCUUGGACAUGUCCGAGUGUUACCUUUUGGAACACAUGCCCAAGAGUCUUGCUCAACUAUCAAGACUUGAAGUCCUUAAGGGAUUCUUGAUUGGAGAUUUUAACAACAACAAACAAUAUGCAUGUACUCUUCACGAUUUGUCAAGACUACGGGAGUUGAGAAAACUUAACAUCUACGUAAGAGUGAAAGACUUUCACAGACUCUGGGACUUCGAUGAUUUAAAAGAAUUUCAUGGCCUGCAAAAGUUGACAAUAUCAUGGGGAGGAUGCUCUUUACAAGGUGAAAGUGGCAGACAAAUUCAAGAAGAAGCAAGCAUGGAACUACUCAGACGGGGCCCUCAAACACUUCCUCCCGGAUUGCAGAAACUAAACCUUCAGUGUUUCCCUACAGAGCGUCUAACCGAUUGGUUGAGGCCUGCUGAAAUAAAGGGACUAGAUAAACUCUACAUUAGAGGAGGGCAACUAAGUGAUCUAGGGCAAUCACGGGAUCACCAAGGGGAGUACUGGGAAGUGAAUACAUUGAGUUUGAAGUACUUGAACGAAUUAGCAAUAGAUUGGAGAGAAUUUAGGAGAUUAUUUCCCGAAUUAGUUUACUUGCACCAAGUAGAAUGCCCCAAGCUUACUAACUUCCCUUGUGAUGAGAGUGGUGUGUGGUAUCUAUUCAGGAGCGCGCAGCUCCAGAAAUAUCUUUGGCUAACAGAUAGGAUCAGUUGUUGAGGGAGAGUUAGAAUCUUGGCUGUAAAUUACUCCAAGUGGAGCCUCCCCAAGCAAGGAAGAAAAUGCAUCUCCAGAGUGCACUAUUGUAAGAACGGCCGGAGAGCUUACUCCAUUUGAUUUUAAUAGGAUGCCAGCGGGUGAAGUCGAAUGAAUCACUUCCCCCAGAGUCCUUCUGUCCCAACUGCCAUAGCCCACUCAGCAAAUCCGACUUGUUAAGUUUGACUGAUGUUGAGAAUGGACAAUUAAGUGCUGAAACAUUUGGGGCUAAAUGUUGUUUGAGUUGCCUGUUUCAGAUCCUUCCCAAGGAACGCUCUUCCCUGGAGCACUUCUAUUCAUUUUUACCACAGCCUAUUAUUGCUCAAGCAAAGAAUGACAAUCAUUGCAAUCGGAGAUGGCUUAGGGAGCAAAUACAAGAUUGCUUGCUUUCAGACAGUGAAGAUGGAACCUGAACCUGCUAUUUUCUCAUUUUCAACUUCUUCUGUGGAUAUAUCUUCUCACUUUAGAUGAUUGCGUUUUUUAAGCAAUGGUUCAACAUUGCUAGAGUUGAUGCUUCAUAAGGC